ACAGACCUCCACUUUUCGGCGCGAGCUCGGGGGCCGGGGCCUGGCACUCCGGCGGCUCGAGCUCCACCAGCGGCGGCCGGCGGCGUGGGCUUGGGCGGCUAGAGCUCCGGCCGGCCGCGCCGGCGGCGGGCGGCUUCGCUUGGUCCUGCGCGGCGCAUAGGAGUCGAAGCCCCCGAAGAUUCGUUUGAGAGUCCCUACCAAUGGAGAAGUUCCUCGUGGCGGCGGCGCCGCCACCUACCGGCGAUGCGCCGGCACCGCUUCCUCCGAGACGCCACCGGUGGAGCCGCAUCGCCGUCGAGCUGGACGGCCGCGUCGACGCCAGGUUUCGGCACCGGGAGUCCGUUCGCCUGCUCGAUUCGUUCUCCGAGAUAAGGACCUUCAAUCACAAUUACUACAUGGAAGGCCAGGAGCGGUGUACAACAUAUAUGAAUCGAGGUGUUAACGAUUCAGGCCUGGGAUUUCAAGCAGUAAGAGAGGGGAUUUCAGCAAUGGAGUUUGAUAAAAAGGGAAUAUACCUUGCAUCAGUUACAGCCGCAGGAUGUUUAACUGUGCAUGAUUUUGAGACCUUGUACUGCUCCACAUAUGGUCCGUCACAUAGUUUGCCAGACGAAUCAUCAAAUUAUUUGCUACAUAUAUCAAACUCAAUGCCCCUAUGUGCUGUCCGAUGGAAUCCAGCAAAUCAAGAUGAGAUAGUUUGUGCAUCUAGACAAAAUGACAUGGUUCUCCUGUUUGAUAUUGGCUGUGUCUCAUCCAGGCCAACUGAAAUUUUACGGAAAGGAAGAUCCAGAUAUCCUGUGCUCUCUGAAUUCCGCAAAGGUUUGACAGAUGUAGCCUUUUCUUCAGAUGAUAAGUCAUGGUUAUUUGCUUCUGGCCUUGAUGGGGCGGUCUUCAUGUGGGACAUGCGGCUAAGUAAAAAACACUGCCUUGAGCUCAUAGGAUAUCCAGAAUCUCAAUUUAGCAGUGUCAAGCUAAAUAUAGAUAAUCGGACUGUGUUUGCUGGAACUAAAGAGGGCACUGUUCAUGCCUGGGAUCUCCGUGGAGGGAGGGCAUCAGCUGCUUUUCAAAGCCAUAAUGAGGUUCAACAAUUGUCAUCAGUGAAGAUAUCAACUUUGUUGAGCAAAAUUCCAUCGCUAAAGGAUCAAACAAACAUUGUCUCGAGUGAAAUUCUUUCGAUAGACUUCAAUCCUACUUGCUCAUAUCAGUUGGCCUUCCACCUUGACAAUGGCUGGUCUGGAGCCCUGAACAUUAACACCCUCAGUGUGAGUCACUUGCACUGCCCUCCUCCUGAUUGGUUGGAGAGCAUGAACUUCAUGUUGCAAAAGCUACAGAGAAAACCAACCUGGUUGCCUACAUCUUCAAUUUAUGCAGUUGGAUCUGCCUCCAAUAGUGGUGGCAUGCAUCUAUUGGAUUUUCAUCCGGAUACAAGUUCAGCAUGCCAUGUUGACUACAAUGAGGAAGUAAGAGACUCAGAGGAAAAGAAACCUGCAGUAAACAAGUUUAUUCCUUUAUCCCAGAGAGUUUUUUCCUGUGCAGCGCAUCCCUUCUAUCAUACAAUACUUGCUGGUACUCAGUUUUCAUCUUUGCUUAUAUUAUCGCAAAAGCAAGAAUCCAUCAAAGACUCAGAGUAGCGGCGCGUGGAACAUCUUGAUUGUCUCCAAAUGCAGUCAGUGCUCUCCAUUAGCUCGUGACCGUCCCGCAUCGAAGAGUGAUGUGCAGCAUGGGAACCCCAUCUGUUGGUGCCACCAAAGGCUCCGAAACUGAUCGACCUGUCACAAAGAAGGGCAUCACAUGCUUCAAUCUUCCGCCAGUGCAUUGCUUCCAUUUUUCUAGAUGGGCAACGAAUUGUGUGUUGCAACAGAUCAUGUACUUUCAAAGCAUGCUUAUAGGGUCUCUGAAGGUCGCCUGUAAUUAUCUUAGUUCUUUUCUUUUCCUUUGAUAACUCCUGCCUGUGGCAGAUUUCUCCCAUUCCUUGGACUUCUGAAGAUAAGUUUUUUUUGGGAUGGAGGAAGUAGAUAUGUUUUCUAGUUUCUUUAAAUGUUAGCGUAACCUGUUACAUCUCCUAUUCUCUUAGAUGUAACUGCAAUCAUGUGAAAUGAACAAAAUUGCAGUGGGCUAAUGAAUCUUGUAGUGUUCAGGUGCAUUUUUUUGAAGGGUUAAUUUUAAUUUUUAAUACAAUGGAAGGCACGAUAGGUCCCAUUGUAA